UAUACAUAAAUAAUUGCAGUUGGCAAUGUAUUUUGAUUCUUUAGGAACUAUGUUGAAUGUUAACUUACAUAUCGUAGGCACUUAAUGUGUUAAACGGUACAUACAAAUCACGGAUUUAAUCAUUUUCAGUUAAACGUUCAGCUAAAAAAAUUAUAAUGUCUAAAAAAGUACGCAAAACUGAUGAGGACUGUUUUGCAUUGCCGGUAAAACGAAAAAAAAAUCAGAAUAAAUCAACCAAAAAAACAAACGUCCACCACGGGUUUUCUGAGAAAUCAAUAAAAAUGAAAGAAGCGAAAAAAGACCGUGAAUGUCGAGAGGUGUUCCGCACAAAUUUAGUGGAUGAGUACUCUAAGUAUUUAGAUUCAGAAGACAAUGCGGUAUCGGACGAGAGCACAUUUUUGAAAUACUAUUUUUUCAUUACCCAAGGUGCUGAAGCUGACACUAAUUAUUUGGCUCCCAUCGAUCCACGAAUAGUAAAUGGUAUACUUAGCAGAUUGUCAGUCGAGUACCAAAAAUCACCAUUUUUACCGGAAUUUAAAAACGAAAUUCUUAACGAAUGUUAUUUAAAAGCGAUGAAAGAGGCUGUCGUAGCGUAUUCAUUGAACGAUGUGUAUGCGAUACAUAAUAAAUUACCGAUACUAGACACUCCAUUGCGAAAAGAGCUUCGAAAGGAUAGUGCAUUAUGGAAGAAGUCAAUGGUACGGGCCGCUUCGUUCCUUCGAGAUAACUUGCACCAAGCCAACCCUUUGAUAGCAGAAAUGAUCAAAAUUUGGCACAGGAAUUUUGAGCCAACCCAAGUAUUUGAUUAUUCAGAAAUGGCGGCCAGAGGUAUUUUGAAAUACACUUUACCCGAAUAUAUGGUUUAUGUACGGAAAUGCAUUGCUGACGCCAGUGUUUUUAUGAGAAUUAAAUGGUUCGAAAGUGUACAGCAAUUAUUCCAACAAACCAAACUUAGUCGUUUCAUACCAAAGAAAGAUAACAUAAAAAAGCAAACUUCAUUUUAUAAUUGUGUUGCAUAUAUUAUGAAAGUAAAAUAUGAAGAGUAUGUGUACAAAAUAAUGCAUGAAUUUACGGAAGUUAUGUGCAACCCAAAAACUAAUCCUGGAUUUGUAACAGAUUUAAUAUAUAGAAAUACGAUGUUACAAUUUUAUCCCACAUUCCGAAAAAUUCGGGAUUUUAUUAUGUCUAUUUAUGAUCAAAUCAGAGAAAUGGUUAUGAAUUUGGAACGCCUUGAACAUAGAUUAUAUAAGGAUUAUCCUUACACUAUCAAAAUUUUACAAGUUAAUAUAGAUAUGAAUAUAGUAAAUAAACAACGUAAAAAAUUAACGUUGGUUUUGGACGAUUAUUGGGUAUUGCCCGAAUUAGUUAUACACGAUUUAGAUGAACAUCUUUAUUUAAUCAAUGGACAAGCUCAAGAUGAAAUCGAUAAAUUUCUAUCUACCGAACACACAAUCGAAGAAUAUAAAAAAUAUGUGAUUAAUUAUCAUACAAUUUCUUUAGAUAUACCAGUCGAUGUUAGUCCUGAAAUAGAAGUUGGAAUAUUUGAAGUACAUCGUAGUGAUACGAUAAAGGCAUUAUGUAAGCAAGCAGAAAAAUUGAAAAAUAUGAUAGUCAGUCGAAUGACAAGCACUUAUUUAGCAAUUGGAAAAAAAUUAAAUGAAGAAUAUGCAACUUUACAAACUGUAGCCCUUACUCCGCCCAGAAAUACUAGAGAGCUCGUGAAUUUAAAAAAAUAUAUAACAGAUGUAAAAAAUAAUAUGAUUCCGGAGAUGGAAGAACGAGCUAAAGUGGUGCUAUCUUAUGAAUUAUUUUUGUCAGAUUACACUCUACUGACGGGUGUUGAAUUAAAACAAAAUGGAAAGACUUUUCAGUGGGUAGAACUAAUUAAUGUGGUUUUUGAGGAAAAUACAAAAAUGAUUGAACAGAAAACAAAACAAUUACAAGACUUCUUAUUAAAUCGUAUUUAUAAAUUUAAAAUUGAAUUGGAAAAUUAUCAGAAUCAAGUGGCCGAGUUUAAACAAUUUGGAAACGUAGAGCUGUUAUCUGUGUACUUGGAUAAGGCGAAUAGUCUAGAUAAUAAGUUAGGUAGUGCUUUAAGUACUAUAGAUGGAUUUAACGAAGAAGAAAAACAUUUUGGAUGGAAAGAAAGUUCAUAUCCCUUAAGGAAAAUAGUGGCAGAUGCUUUAGCUCCAUAUAAAAAACUUUAUGACAACUGCUCAGAGUUUUUAGAGAACUAUGAAAAAUGGAUGAAUGCUAAAAUAUGUACUUACGAUCCAGAACAAAUUGAACAAGAUGUCACCAUGUAUUAUCGUAACAUUGUAAAAUUAGAACGUACUUUUGUGGAUUGUCCUGCGCCCUUAGCUAUUGCUCUAGCGGUAAAACAAUCAGUUGAAGCAUUUAAAGAACAUAUGGCUGUAGUUCUAACGUUAGGAAAUCUAGGUUUAAAAGAUCGCCACUGGGAAAAAAUAUCUGAAAUAAUUGGGUUUCCCUUGCAUCCUAACCAAAAUCUUUCACUAUCAAAAAUUAUGGAUUAUAACUUGGAUGAAUUUGUACCAAAAUUUGAAGUAGUCAGCGAUGGCGCAUCCAAAGAAACAGCUUUAGAAAAAAAAUUACAAGCAAUGGAAGAGGAAUGGAAAGAUUUAUACUUUACAUUAGUGCCACAUAGAGAUUCGGGUACUCAUAUAUUAUCUGGUGUAGACGAUGUGCAACUGUUGCUUGAUGAUCAUAUACUAAAAACCACAACCAUGAAAAAUUCACCAUUCAUAAAACCGUUUGAAGAGAAUAUCAAAAAUUGGGAAGCAAAAUUACAUCUCUUAAAUGAUAUAUUAGAUUACUGGAUUAAAGUCCAAAUCACUUGGAUGUAUUUAGAGCCCAUAUUUUCCUCACCAGACAUACAAACACAAAUGCCUGAAGAAUCCAGAAGAUUCAAUGUCGUCGAUAAAGUUUGGAGAGAUAUGAUAAAAGAAGCACAAAAAAUAAAAAAAGUUAUAUUGUCUAUAAAUAUUGAUAAACUUUUAGACAAAUUAAAAAAAAGCAAUAGCUUAUUGGAGUUGAUUCAAAAAGGUCUUAAUGAUUAUUUAGAAAAGAAACGGUUGUACUUCCCAAGAUUUUUUUUCCUAUCCAAUGAUGAACUUCUUGAAAUUCUAUCUGAAACAAAAGAUCCGACGAGAGUGCAACCACAUUUAAAAAAGUGUUUUGAAGGAAUUGCCAAGCUAAAGUUUACCAUUGAACAAGAUGUAAUUAGUAUGAUAUCUAGCGAAGAAGAAAUUAUACAUUUAUCAAUGGUUGUGGAUACUGCAAGAGCUCGAGGUCAAGUUGAAAAAUGGCUCGUAGAUUUAGAAAUAUCUAUGAAAUUGACUGUACGUGAAGUAAUUGAAAAAGCGUUAAUUGCAUAUAAAAAUACUUUAAGGCAAGAAUGGGUCAUCCAGUGGCCUGGACAAGCCGUUCUAGCUGUUUCUUGCACGCAUUGGACAUCCGAAGUCACACAAGCUAUAUUACGUUAUCCUCUAGGUUUACCUCGAUAUUUGAUGAAGUGCAAUGAUCAAAUAGACAAAAUAGUUAAAUUAGUUCGAGGCGUCUUAUCUCAACAAACUCGUUUAACUUUAGGAGCCUUAGUUGUAAUGGAUGUUCACGCAAAAGAUGUCGUGGAAGAUAUGACUAGAAAAGAUGUUCAUAAGACAAAUGAUUUUAAUUGGCUUUGUCAACUGCGAUAUUAUUGGAUAGAAGGCGAUUUGGAUGCAUUUAUGAUUAACGCUUCUCUAAGAUAUGGUUAUGAAUAUCUUGGUAAUUCACCAAGAUUAGUAAUUACACCCCUAACUGAUCGUUGUUAUCGUACUUUAUUUUGUGCUUUACAACUAAAUUUGGGAGGUGCGCCAGAAGGACCUGCUGGUACUGGAAAAACAGAGACUACAAAAGAUUUAGCAAAAGCGGUAUCUAAACAGUGUGUCGUAUUCAAUUGUUCGGAUAGCAUGGAUUACAUUGGUUUAGGAAAGUUUUUUAAAGGUUUAUUGUCUUGUGGUGCCUGGGCGUGUUUUGAUGAAUUCAAUCGUAUUGAGUUGGAAGUAUUAUCGGUUGUUGCUCAACAAAUAUUAACCAUUCAACGCGGUAUACAAGCAGAUCUAACUAGAAUACAUUUUGAAGGUUCUUCAUUGAUAUUAGAUAAAACUUGUGCUGUAUUUAUUACCAUGAACCCUGGAUAUGCCGGACGCUCAGAGUUGCCUGAUAAUUUAAAAGCGUUAUUUCGUCCAGUAGCAAUGAUGGUACCAGAUUAUGCACUCAUAUCUGAAAUAGUUUUGUACUCUCAAGGAUUUAAUUCAGCGCGGUCGUUAUCAGUAAAAAUAGUGGUGACUUAUAAACUGUGUUCUGAACAACUCUCAUCACAGAAUCAUUAUGACUAUGGAAUGAGAGCAGUGAAAACAGUUUUAACAGCGGCUGGUAAUUUAAAAUUAAAGUAUCCAGAAGAAGACGAAAAUAUACUUAUCCUGCGGUCUAUCAAUGAUGUCAACUUACCAAAAUUUCUCGGGCAUGAUAUUCCUCUUUUUAAAGGAUUAGUAUCAGAUUUAUUUCCUGGUAUUGUGCUACCACAACCAGAUUAUGAAAUAUUAAAUAUGUGUGUUGAAGAAUCAUGUAAAAAAUUAAAUCUUCAGUGUACAUCGUACUUCUUAGAGAAAAUACAACAAAUUUAUGAAAUGAUGAUUGUAAGGCAUGGUUUUAUGAUAGUAGGACUGCCAUUUAGUGGUAAAACCUCGGCAUAUAGGGUACUUGCAGGUGCAUUAGCAAUUAUUGAAGAAAAGAAAUUAAUGGAUGAACAUAAAGUUGAAAUUAUGGUUAUUAAUCCAAAGUCAAUAACUUUGGGUCAAUUGUACGGUCAAUUUGAUAUGAUAUCACAUGAGUGGUUCGAUGGUAUUAUAGCUGUUGGAUUCCGACAAUUUGCAUCAUCUGAAAACUUGAAUAGAAAAUGGCUGUUGUUUGAUGGUCCAGUUGAUGCGAUAUGGAUUGAAAGUAUGAAUACGGUACUCGAUGACAACAAAAAACUUUGCUUAAUAUCUGGUGAAAUCAUUCAACUUGCUAAUACAACUAAUUUGAUAUUUGAACCAAUGGAUUUAGAUGUAGCAUCCCCUGCAACGGUAUCUAGAUGUGGAAUGAUUUUAAUGGAACCAACUGCAUUAGGUUGGGAAUGUUUAUUGCAAUCAUGGAUUAAGCAGCUAUCAUCAAACAUAACUUCUCAUUACAAACAGAUGUUGCAAUCACUUAUUUUGAGAUUUAGCUAUCCGAUUUUAUACUUCAUAAGACGAUGCAAUAUUACAGAAGUUUUUCCGUCCAACGAUUCAAAUCUUAUUAGAUCAUUAACAAAUAUUUGUGAAACGUUUAUGGAUUUAUAUAGUAAUGAAGAACACAUGAAGGCAGUUUCGCAAUCUGAUCUUAGAGCUCAGCUUGAAGGUAUAUUUUUCUUUUCGUGUAUUUGGUCAAUGGGAGCAACUCUUGAUGCACCGAGUCGAGCCAAAUUUAAUAUUUUGUUUCGAGCAUUAUUGGAAAACAAAUUUCCUAAUAAAGUCACCCGAUCUUUCAAAUUACCUAUUGAACUAUGUUCUUCUCCGAAAAAAGCUUACACAAAUUUUCCUCCUAAAGAAUAUUCAGUCUUCGAUUAUAGAUAUAUUUUAGAAGGUCAAGGUAAAGGAGAGUGGAAGCUGUGGUCAGAUUAUGUAACAGAAGCACCACCUAUACCUCAAGGCAUACCUUUCAAUGAUAUUUUAGUGCCAACAAUUGAUGUAAUUAGACAUCAAGUUAUUAUGUCAAUGUUGAUUAAACAUAAUUUGCCAAUGAUGACGGUUGGAAAAACUGGAACUGGAAAAUCAACGUACAUCAUGAACUACUUAUUCAAAAAAAUUGAUAAAACUUUAUAUCAAUCUUCAUUUAUUAAUUUCUCAGCGCAUACAUCGGCUAAUUUAACUCAAGAUAUAAUUAUGAAUAAGCUAAUCAAGAGAAGACGAGGGAUAUUUGGUCCUCCAGUUGGUACAAAGUGUAUUAUCUUUAUUGAUGACAUUAGCAUGCCCCAAAAAGAAUAUUACGGGGCUCAGCCACCCAUUGAACUUUUAAGGCAGUUCUUAGAUAAAUUUCCGUGGUAUGACCGUAAAGAGCUUGUGCCAAUGGCUCUUCAAGAUGUAUUAUUAAUUUGUGCUAUGGGUCCACCAUCGACAGGAAAUACAGUUUCUCCAAGGUUUAGUCGACAUUUUAAUGUUGUAGUUAUAAACGAGUUCGAUGAUUCAACCAUGGUAUCGAUAUUUAGUAAAAUACUAUUAUGGCACUUAGAUACAAGAGGUUUUAGCAGAGAGUUUGAUUUGUGCAUGCAUCAGUUAGUUAAUUCAACAUUGGAACUUCAUAAGAAAAGCAUCAUUCAUUUACUUCCAACUCCUUCUAAAUCACAUUAUUUAUUCAAUUUGAGAGAUUUUUCAAAAGUCAUACAGGGGGUUAUGUUUUCUGUUCCUGAAACUAUUGAAGAUGCCAUUGCUAUGAAACGACUCUGGAUUCACGAAAUUCUUAGGGUAUAUUAUGAUCGAUUGGUAGAUGACUCCGACUGUUCGUGGUUUUUUCAAAACCUAAGUGCAGUUUGCAAAGGGAUUUUAAAAGAAAAUAUAAAUGAUAUAUUCAGUCAUUUAAUUAAUGGGCCAAAUGAAACUGUGGGUCAAAAUGAAUUAAGACAGUUGAUUUAUUGCGAUUUUUCCAAUCCCAAAGCGGACACUAGAAAUUAUAUGGAAGUACACAAUUUGAAUAACCUUCGAAUAAUCGUUGAAGGAUACUUAAAUGAAUUUAAUAACAUGAGCAAGAAACCCAUGCAUCUAGUUUUAUUUAGAUUUGCUAUUGAACAUCUUUCACGGAUUUGUCGAAUUCUAAAGCAACCUCGAGGACACGCUUUACUAGUUGGGUUGGGGGGAUCAGGCCGCCAGUCACUAACAAGGCUUGCUGCUCACAUAUCAGAAUAUGAUUUGUUUCAGGUACAAAUGACGCGUUUGUAUGGAACUAAUGAAUGGCAAGAAGAUUUGAAAAAUAUACUUGGGCGUGCAGUAUCUAGUUUAGACCAACAUGUUGUAUUUUUAUUCAACGACUCCGAAAUUAAAAUGGAAAGUAUGGUAGAAGAUAUAAAUAACUUAUUAAAUUCAGGAGAAGUACCAAAUUUGUAUACAAUAGACGAAAAGAUAGAACUGUGCGAUAAAAUCCUUCUUAUAGACAAGCAGCGUGACAAAUCUAUCCAGACUGAUGGAAGUAUGACAGCUGUAUUUAACUAUUUUAUUCAAAUUGUGAAAGAACAACUGCAUGUAGUAUUAGCUUUCAGUCCAAUUGGAAAUGAUUUUCGUACAAGAAUAAGAAAGUUCCCAUCAUUAGUUCAAUGUUGUACCAUUAAUUGGUUUCAGAACUGGCCAUCAGAUGCUUUGUUGGCUGUAGCAACAAAUUUCUUAGACGCAAUUGAUUUAACUGAACAUGAACGAAAUGUUUGCGUUACUAUGUGUCAAAAGUUUCAUUUAUCGUCUCAAAAUUUAUCUAUCGAAUUUGAAGUUAGAUCACAACGUAAAACGUAUGUUACUCCUACGUUAUAUUUAGAACUAAUGUCUACUUUUAAAGAUCUAUUGGGGAAAAAAAGACAGGAGAUUUUAAUGGCAAAACGUCGAUAUGAAGUAGGUUUAGAAAAAUUACAAACUGCUGCUGAUGAUAUAUCAAUAAUGCAAGAAGAAUUAAAAGACUUACAACCAAAAAUUAUGGUUGCGGCAGCAGAGGUAAAAGUUAUAAUGCAAAAAGUUGAAAAAGAAAACAUAGAAAUUUCCAAAGUAAAACAAAUAAUUAAAAAAGAUGAAGAAGAAGCUCAGGAAACAGCAGAAGGAGCGCAAAAGAUCAAAGACGAGUGUGAUCUUCACAUGGAAGCUGCGAGACCAGCAUUAAAUAAUGCUUUAGCGGCACUCAAUACCUUGACACCUAAUGACAUCACUUUUGUAAAAUCUAUGAAAAAUCCACCAAGGCCAGUAAAAUUAGCUAUGGAAGCUGUGUGCAUUAUUAAAGAUGUGAAACCUGAAAAAAUCAUGGAUCCAACUACUGGGAAAACAACAGAUGAUUAUUGGGUAGCAUCAAAAAAACUGUUAAAUGAUAUGAAAUUUUUAGAGCAUUUAAUCAAUUUUGAUAAAGACAAUAUUCCACCAAAAAUAAUGAAAGUUAUCAAUGAAAGAUAUAUAAAUAACCCCGAAUUUGAUCCUAAUAAAAUAAAAUAUGCUUCGGUUGCUGCCGAAGGAUUGUGUAAAUGGAUAAUAGCCAUGUCAAGUUAUGAUGUUGUAGCAAAAGAAGUUGCACCAAAAAAAUUAGCACUUGCAGAAGCUGAGGCAGUAUAUAAUAAUGCAAUGAGUGCACUAAAUGGUAAACGUGAACAGCUUGCUGAAGUUGAAAAAAAAAUGAAAGCUGUUCAAGAAGAUCUUGAAGAAAAUGAACAUAAAAUGAAAGCAUUUCAGGAUGAAGCUAAUAAUGUGCAAACGAAACUUCAGCGAGCUGAAGAAUUAAUUGGUGGUUUAGGUGGUGAAAAACAACGAUGGGCACAAAUGGCAAUAGAUCUUGGAAAGUCAUACCUAAAUCUUACAGGAGAUAUAUUGCUAAGUUCUGGUAUCAUUGCAUAUUUGGGUCCAUUUACUAUGGAUUUUCGAAAUAAACAAAUAAAACAAUGGCUUCAAGACAUAGUCAAUAAUGAUUUAGUGUGUGCAAAAAAUUAUCAACUAAGUACUGUUCUAGGAAAUGCAGUUGAUAUCAGAGCAUGGAACAUAGCUGGACUACCUACAGACUUAUUCUCUACAGAUAAUGGAAUCAUUGUAGUAAAUUCUAGACGAUCAGCGCUUAUGAUUGAUCCUCAAUCUCAAGCAAACAAAUGGAUAAAAAAUAUGGAGGCAGAUAAUUCAUUAAGUAUUAUACGAUUCACUACUCCGAAUUAUACAAAAAUAUUAGAACAUGCUAUAGCCAAUGGAACACCUGUAUUGUUGGAAAAUAUUUAUGAAGAAUUAGAUCCCGUUUUGGACCCUGUGUUAUUAUCUCAAGUGUUUAUAUGUGGAGGCACAUAUUGUUUAAAAUUAGGAGAAACAAUUGUUGAGUUUAAUGAUAGAUUCAGGCUAUACAUUACAACAAAGCUUAGAAAUCCUCACUACUUGCCAGAUAUAUCAGUUAAAGUAGUUCUUUUAAACUUUGUGAUAACUCCAAUUGGGUUUGAAGAUCAGUUAUUAGGUGUAGUCGUUGCUAAAGAUAGACCUGAUUUAGAAGCAGAAAAAAAUCAGCUUAUAAUACAAGGAGCUGAAAAUGCCAAAUCAUUAAAAGAUAUUGAAGAUAAAAUUUUGCAAGUUUUAAGUUCUUCUGAAGGUAAUAUCUUAGAAGACGAAGAAGCUGUAAAUAUAUUAAGUUCAUCAAAAACUCUUGCUAAUGAAAUUGAAGUUAAACAAUCAAAGGCCAAAAUUACUGAACGAACUAUCGAUAAAACUAGACACCAAUACAAACCUGUUGCUACAUAUUCUACAACACUGUUUUUUAUAAUUGAUUCAUUAACUAACAUUGAUCCAAUGUAUCAAUAUUCACUAACAUGGUUUAUAAAUUUGUUUGUGAUGUCUAUAGAAAAUAGUCCUAAAUAUGAAAAAAUUGAAGAACGUACAAAAGCACUAACAAACCAUUUCACUUAUUCUUUGUAUGUCAAUAUAUGCAGAAGUUUAUUCGAAAAAGAUAAACUUCUAUUUUCGUUAAUUAUGGCUGUCAGAUUAUCGUCAGAAAUAAAUCCCGAAGAGUGGCUUUUUUUUUUGACCGGAGGCGUAAGCUUAGAUAAUCAAAUAACAAAUAAAAUUAGUUGGCUUCAAGACAUAAGAUGGGAUGAACUUUGCAGACUUGAUAACCUACCAAAAUUUAAAAAUAUAAGAGUUGAUUUUGAGAACAAUGAAGAUAAAUGGAAACAGAUUUAUGAUUCACCUGAACCACAUUUGAUGGAUUUCCCGGAACCUUGGAACACGGAUUUAAACUAUUUUCAAAAGUGCAUCGUAUUACGGAUCAUUAGAUAUGACAAAAUAGUACCUGCAAUUCAAUACCUUAUAUCAAAUGAAUCAAUUUUGGAAAGUAAAUAUAUUGAACCGCCGCCGUUUGAUUUAGCUGCAUCUUUUGAAAGUUCAAAUUGUGUGACUCCUUUAAUAUUCAUUCUAACUCCUGGCGCUGAUCCUACAUCAAUGUUAAUUAAAUAUGCUGAUAAAAUGGGCUUUGGUUAUCGUUUAACAUCAUUGUCAUUAGGUCAAGGUCAAGGCCCCAUAGCUACAAGAUUAAUUGAAGAAGCAAUAAGAACAGGCAAUUGGGUAUUGUUGCAAAACUGUCAUUUAGCCAAAAGUUUUAUGCCUGAACUUGAAAAGAUUUGUGAAAGUUUUUCGGUCGAAAAUACUAAUUCUGAGUUUAGACUUUGGUUAACAUCUUAUCCCGUGGAAUAUUUUUCUGUGUCUGUACUUCAAAAUAGCGUUAAGAUGACUAAUGAACCACCAAAAGGACUUCGGGCCAAUAUACAUAGAUCAUUUACUAGUGAUCCGAUUACAAAUGAAGAAUUUUUCGAGGGUUGUAAAGUGCAAGGUGUAAGUUUUAAGAAACUGAUCUUCAGCCUGUGCUUCUUUCAUGCAUUGGUCCAAGAACGUCGCAAUUAUGGUCCAAUCGGAUGGAAUAGACUGUACGAGUUCAACGAAACUGACCUGAGAAUCAGUGUAGUGCAAUUGCAGAAUUUUUUGAACGAAUAUCCAAACGUCCAGUUCGAUGCCUUGCGUUAUCUUACCGGUGAAUGCAACUACGGUGGACGUGUAACAGACGAUUGGGAUCGUCGUUGUUUGACCACAUGUCUACACAAAUUUUACACUAAAUCGGUUAUUAAAACGGAUAGUUUCAAGUUUGAUAAGGCUGGAGUUUAUUGCUGUCCUGAUUCAAAAGAAUACGACCAAAUCUUAGAACACAUUCAAGGAUUUCCGUUGGUCACAAAACCUGAGAUUUUUGGUCUGCAUGAAAAUGCUGAUCUCAUUAGAGAGCGGCAAGAGAGCGAAUUGAUUCUUAAUUCCGUUCUUAAGACCCAAGACCGAGUCGAUUUAUGGGAAAAAUUUCAAUUUAAUAACGACUCAAAAACUGCCGGCGGCAAAGGAGUAUCGUCCGAAGAUCUGAUUUUGACAUUUUCCACAGACGUACUUAACAAAUUACCAAACAAUUUUGACGUUACACUCGCUCUCGAAAAAUAUCCUACCACUUACAAUCAAUCUAUGAAUACAGUUCUGGUGCAAGAAAUGGGUCGGUUUAACAAACUAUUAGAUGUCAUUAAAUUUAGCCUGGCAAACUUACAGAGAAGUGUUAAAGGAUUAAUUUUAAUGUCUAAUGAAUUAGAAGAAGUCUAUCACAGUAUCUUAGUAAGUAAAAUUCCUGUGGUUUGGGCUAAUAGUUCAUAUCCAUCACUAAAACCAUUGGGAAGUUAUAUUAAAGAUUUCUUGCAGCGAUUGGCAUUUUUACAGAAAUGGUAUGUUCAUGGUACUCCAAAUUCUUUUUGGAUUUCCGGCUUAUAUUUUACACAAGCAUUUUUAACCGGAUCCCAACAAAAUUAUGCAAGAAAGUAUCAGAUUCCUAUAGAUUUGUUGACCUUUGAUUAUAAGAUAAUGGAUAGAAAUAUGACAGUAAAUUCAGCACCAGAAAAUGGUGUUUAUAUUUAUGGACUAUUUUUGGAUGGGGCCAGGUGGAGUAAUAAAAAAUCAAGUCUUAAAGAGUGUAAGUUAAAACAACUAUACUCCAGGAUGCCAAUAAUUCACAUGAUACCAAUAAAAAAAGAAGAUUUAAAAUUCGACACUGUUUAUUUAUGUCCAUUGUACAAAACGGCUGAAAGAAAAGGGACAUUAUCAACAACAGGGCAUUCAACUAACUUUGUUAUUGCUUUAUUGGUACCAACAAUUAAACAGCCAGAACACUGGAUAAUGAGAGGAGUUGCUCUACUAUGUCAACUAUCGCAAUAAACCUGUAUUUAUAAUUUGUUGUAAUACAAUUUAGAUUUUGAUCAAGA